GAGCCACGCGGAAGGCGGGGAGGCGCCCGGCCGCGGUGGCGUGUGGGAUGCGGGAGGCCCGCGCGGGUGGAGGCGGCGGAGCGAGGCCCGUCAGCGCGGCUUCGGCGCCCGCGGGCUGAGUGUCUGACACUUGGAGAAACUCAACAUGUCUCAGUCAGGUGAAAAAGUGAAGUUUUCCGACUCAGCAGGCUAUGUGGGAUUUGCUAAUCUGCCCAACCAGGUCCACCGGAAAUCUGUGAAGAAGGGCUUUGAGUUCACACUGAUGGUGGUUGGUGAGUCUGGCUUGGGAAAAUCUACUUUAAUUAACAGUCUGUUUCUGACUGAUCUUUAUCCAGAGCGUUAUAUUCCUGGAGCUGCAGAGAAAAUAGAGAGAACGGUUCAGAUUGAAGCUUCUACAGUAGAGAUAGAGGAGCGGGGCGUGAAGCUGCGUUUGACGGUGGUGGACACGCCGGGGUACGGAGACGCCAUCAACAGCCAGGACUGCUUCAAAACCAUCAUCCAGUACAUUGACAACCAGUUUGAGAGAUACCUUCACGAUGAGAGCGGGCUGAACAGGCGCCACAUUAUAGACAAUAGAGUCCAUUGCUGUUUUUACUUCAUCUCUCCCUUUGGGCAUGGGUUGAAACCAUUAGAUGUAGAAUUCAUGAAGGCUCUUCAUGGAAAAGUCAACAUUGUCCCUGUGAUUGCCAAGGCUGACACGCUGACGCUGAAGGAGAGAGAGAGGCUGAAGAGAAGAGUUCUAGAUGAGAUUUCUGAACACGGCAUUAGGAUUUACCAGCUCCCUGAUGCAGAUUCUGAUGAAGAUGAGGAAUUUAAAGAACAAACUAGAGUCUUAAAGGCUAGCAUUCCCUUUGCUGUUAUUGGAUCCAACCAACUUAUUGAGGUGAAAGGGAAGAAAAUCCGAGGCCGUCUGUAUCCCUGGGGAGUUGUUGAAGUUGAGAACCCAGAGCACAAUGAUUUCCUUAAACUGCGCACAAUGCUGGUAACUCACAUGCAGGACCUGCAGGAGGUGACCCAAGAUUUGCACUAUGAGAACUUCCGUUCAGAGAGGCUGAAGAGAACUGGCAAGCCUGUUGAAGAAGAAGUCGUAGACAAGGAUAGAAUCCUUCAGCAGAAGGAGGCUGAGCUGCGCCGCAUGCAGGAGAUGAUUGCUCAGAUGCAAGCCCAGAUGAGGAUGAAGCCUGGAGAUGACUAAGAUACUGAAUAGCUGGGUGCAUCAGGUAUGACUUUUCUGACUUGUGUACUCCUCUUACAUAAGGCUUUCAAAGUGACUGUUGCCAGUUCUGCACUUGGGACAUGCCUUCAUGGCACUUCUAGUAAAACAGAGUGCUGUUCUGCUACAUUAAAAACAUUAUGCAAACACUGCUUUUCCAUCUGUCAUUAAGAUUUGCAAAUGCUUAUCCUCAAUGCCUUAUUUUUUGGAUCAUCUGACUUUGGUUUUGCAAGCAAAAAGCUGUUCAAAAUAUUAGUUUGUCUCUACAUAAACAAAAGUAGAGUAUUUGGGGUAUGUAGACUUCUGAAUUUAAAACAAAUGAAAUUUUAGACAAGCUGGUGAAGUGUACUGAAUGCUUGAUGGUAGGUAUGAUAUAUUAAAUGAGAUCAGAAUGAGUGAAGGAAAAAAGGUUCUUGUAGCAAAUAUUCACUCUGUCUUCAGAAAUACUCAUUUCUUUUUCCAGUUCUUUGGCAUGUUUUAUUUUUUUAAUGCAAGAUUAAAAACCAGAAGGAUGUGAGGUGUCUUGUUGCUUAACACUGCAGUUUAAUACUCCAGUUUUGAUUGCUGGUCUUCUGGAAUGUAAAGCUUGAAUAAAAUGGAUUAUGUUAUCCCUCAUGACCUUGUGGCAGCUGCCAACAUUCCAAGCCUAAAAUAAGGAGAUUUUUGUUGCCUUUAUUUGAACUUUCAGUCUUCCUGUUUAUAUAUUUAAAAAAACAAUCUCCUAAGAAAUAAACUUAUUCACUGGGCUCCUGUUUAAGCAGAAGUUGGUGGUUUUACUGUUAGGUACACUGUAAUCUUUAGUAGAAGUAGUUAAGGGGAAGCAGCAGUUCAAGCUCAGGUUUCAUGCUGUUACAAUUCCAAGUCUUGCAGGUAAAGUAAUCUUCACAUUAUGUCUUCCAAUCUCCAUAAUGAGAUAUGUAUUCCCUGAGCUGGAAAUCUAAACACUGAGGUUAAUUUGUGGCUAACCAUGCAGCAUAUGUGAUAGCAGGGCCUGGCAGAAAGCUCUCAUUUCCUCAGGCAGGAGCUGGUAGUUAUUCAGCCUGUUAAAUUCUUUAGCCUAAAGUAAAGGUCCCAGGAUUUCAUGCUGACUUUAUCACAUGGCCAGACUCUGGCCUCUCGUGAAAAUAGCUGUUUGAUAGGGGAAACCUCGCAUAGUAUGAAUCAUUAUUUCUUGUUGCAAACUAGCACAGUUCUUUCUGCAGCUUACAAAUCAUGCUUAAUCACAUGGUAUCCCUUAAACUGAUACUUGGUAAGUAAAAAAAUCUCCCUAAAUGUAAUUGCUUUGUCCAUAGUUGUCGCUUGCAGAGUGCAGGAUGUCUGCGUGGUCAGCAUCUGGGCACUGAUAGGAUGCAGCAUUCAUAGCACAGGUAGCCAGCAGUGCACCAGGUUCUGUGCAUUUCACAGCUUCUGGCAAUCCUGGAUAUGGUAUUCAUGGAAACAACUUGCAGCAUGCUGUGCCCCAAGCUCACUUUGCAGCCUUGGAUGUGUUGUAAACAAAGCCGUGAGCAUGCCCACAUGUAUUCAAAUGAAAUGUUAUUUUUUAGAUAACUUACUAAUCUGGAAUACAUCUUGGACCACUACGUCUAUGAAGCAGGAAAGCUCUCUGGGUUUAACUGCAUGAUCUGGUAGUGAUUAAGUUUGAACUACAUCUUGUUUCCUUUUAGUAUUUCAGUGAUUCAAGUACCCAACGUGAAUAAACUUGGGAGGCAUUUGGAUAAGAUCUUUAUAUGCAGAGGUCCUGCUGUUUGGUUGGAGUCUGCAAAGCCAGAUUCCUGCAGCUGCUUGGGCACUCAUGUUGUUCAGCAGUUGUUUUCAGGACAGAACUUGGAACUUGUUUUUACCCCUCAGAUAUUGAUUUGUAGACUUCCAGGUAACUCGUGUAGCUUCCGUGAUGCACAGUCAGAGCCACCUUGGUAGUCCUAAGCUGGAGUGUGGCUGCACGAUCCUGUGGUGUGAAUCCUCAGCUGGAACUUGGCCCAACGGAGGUUUUCCUCAUGUGUGCUGUCUGCAGUUCAGGAGGAAUGAUGAGUUCAACUUCCAUCAGAUUUGCAUUCCGUCAGAUUUAUUUGUUAGUAUUUCUAACUAUUUCCAGAGGAAGCAGGAAACUUGUAAUUAACAGCAGUUAGUGUGGUGUGCCACGCUGAAGAUUGGUAUCAGUCUUCUUGUUCUUGUGCAGCUUAUCCUGAGCAUCUCUUAGGCUCUACUUUUACAGGAACAUUUAAGGAUCAGCUUAUGACAGUGCUGUAACUGAAAGCAUUGCCUCUCCUCCAGUUACUCUUCAGCACUUUUGCUUUCUUUUAUGCUGAGAAAUGUACAUAACUUCAUAGACGAGAUGUAAAGUUACUGUUUGCACUGCUCUUAUUUUGGAUAAGUACAUCUUUAUAUUUUCUUUAAAAAAUCCGUUAAAUGUUUUUAACACACGUGCAGAAAUUUAAAGCACACGUAAAGGUGUUUUCAGACAUUUUGGGAAAAGAGCAGUGUGGUGUAAAUGACCUCAUGGGUGAGAUGCAGAGAGUGCAGGGCAGGAUGGCUACAUGUGGUGAUGUCUGACCACGUGAAAUGCCCACUUCUGGGUUUCAGAUGCACCUGGGAACGAGGUGUGGAUGCUGAAUGCUUUGGGAUUGUCUGGAAAGAAUCUGGCAUUGCAUAAUGAUUAAGAUGUGCUGAAGUUAAUUCCUUACCCAAAAGACAGUGAGUCUGUAUGGUGUUUUAUGCUGCAAAGAAGGAAUGGCUGGAAGUUCUGUUUUUUCUGGUCCUCUCUGAAUUAGGGGCAUCUUUAAAGACUUACUAAAAGAGUGAAGGGACAGUUUACUGCAAGCAGUUUCCUUUCCAUUAGCUUUUGAGGCUGAUGAGAAGCAGGGCAGGGUGACAUAUGCAGAUUUUUACCACGAUGAUGUGCUUAAGUUCACAAAUAAUGUGCAGACUGUGUGCAUAGAGGUGUUUGCAGCAGGCAGUGAGGGCUCAGCUAGGCACCGGCGUAAGGUUAGAAUAAUUCUUGUUACACCAAUCUUACAAGUCCGUGUGAAGUUUAAUAAAGGCUUCAAAAUGAGUUUAAGUUUCAUUUAUUAUUUCCUUUUUAAUUUUCAGGAUGCGAGAUUGCUGCAAAGUGGUAGGGGCUUAUUGCUUCUUAUCACUGACAGUUCAAAUGAAGGCUCAGAGAAAGCAGGGGAGGAGUGGGGCCAAGUUACCAGCAACUAAAACUAAUACUAGUAAAAUACUAGUAGUAUUUGUUUACUCCAGUAUGAAAUACGUAUGGCCUGUUGGAAUAAGCCUGUGGUAACUCUACCAGCAUGUUUACUGCCUUCUGAAGCAAUUAUUUUUUCAAGUGAAAUGUUUAUUGGUAGGGCUUUCUUCUCUUUCCUUUUCUGCUUCUGAAAGUAUAGCUCUUUGCAAUCUGUUCUCCUCUUGUUCUUACAAAUCUGAGUUGUCUGUCUUACACAUAGCUUCAGGGUCAUACUGGGACGCCGUAACAGCAGUCAGUCUGUGGGAAAUAAACAGCCAAUUAAAACGUACUUUUGGUUAGGGAAAUGCAUGUGGGAAAAAAGGCGUUUUGAGGUAAUUAUAGCACGUUAGUCCUUAUAGUGAGCUGUGAUUUCUGUGCGUGUUAAAGCUUUCUGACUGACGCUGUUCUGAUUUUUGAUAAAGGCACCAAACAGGCUAUUUCUUCCUCAAGCAAAUUGACAUCAUUUAACUGAAAAACACAAAGCAUUGUCAUGGCAACCAGUCUUCUAAAAUGCUGCUACUGAAUGCCGAAUUGAUCUGAAAAGUCAUUUGAGCAAGUGCAGAUCGUGUUGUAGUUUUUGGCAGCUGAAAUUGAAAGGCUAGAGAAUGUGAUGCUUUGGCAAACUUGUACUAUUUGGAACAACUGCCUGGCAGUGCCAGUGGCUGUUUCUCUAGCUAGAAACUGGAUUAGAAGAGUGCUGUCAUUCUCCAGCGCUGUUCAGCUGUCUUCGUUUUGGAGCCUUUCAACAAACUGUGUAUUGAUGGGCUAGCACAAAUUUUGGUUUCCCUCAGAGGGCAGACUUUGAUACAACUAUUUUUUCUUUGCUGCUGUACAACUGAAGUGCUGAAUCUGUGUGGCUCCAUAGGACGCUGAAGUUGUACAGAAAAAUGUUGGCUGGCUCCUUAGGGGCUGCCUGGUGACUGGUAUCCUCCUGCUCACAGCUGGUGCCCACCUGCCCUCGCUGUAAUGGGCAGAGACGCUUCGAACAAUCAUUGUAUGACUUAAACCUCCACACAGAGAGCAGUAAAGCUUUCGUAUGAAUUGUCCAUCUGAGAACAACUUGUAAAAAUAAUAUCUCCCUGUUAGUCCGCUUUGCUCUCAGCUGGUAAGAGCAGCCAUCUUCCACGCACAGUCCGAGAACGUGAGAUGAGAUGUUGUGCUUGGACUGCGGCCUGGGCUGUCUGCGUGUCCCUGUUUGCGUCUUCUAACAGGAAAUCAGUUGUUCGAUUCUCCCAGCAGGAAAAACGUUGGGACUUAGAGUGGUAAACUUCAAGACAUUGCUCAGAAACAAGAAUCUAUCUCUGGUUAGGUGCGUAAGUCUGAAGCGUUAGUCAGGUCUGUUGACCUGCUGCACCUACAUGCAGUCUGCUUGAAGAAUCCUGGACGGAUUUUUUUUUCACUCCACAAUUUCUGCAUGCAAAAUCCCCAGGAAUUUGUCAGGACCUUUUACAGUAAGGAGUAGAAAUAGCAGGGUAUCAUUUCUAACAACGUAGGAGAGAUGCGUCUUCGAAACUACUUUCCCAUUGAGACUCAGUUACCUGGAAGAGAGGAGGGACAGAUGAUGGCACUCUGCAGGCUGCACUUUUGCAGACUGAAGGGCUUUCUGAGGAAUUUGCUUUCGCAAAACAUGAAAUGAAGAUGACUGAAACACCUAAUAGUGAGUUUUCUGAUAAUUACACAUAAUUACACCAAGCUGUAUCUCAGUAUCACUAUUUUGUUAGUCAAUGUAUUGAUACAAAUUUAUUUUAUUUUCAUGAAAUGACCCCUGGUUAGAGAGACUAUCAGAUUCCUGAUGGAUCCCUGCGGAAAUCCUGUUUUGUGGGGAAAUGUGAGUGUGAGUGGAAAUGCAUUUAUUUGCUUUUCUGUAGCAUGCAGAUGCUGUGGGAAAGAUGAAGUCCACCAUGCAGUGGCUAUGGGGACGUGUGCAAUUCCUGUGAAUUUGUACCAGGGCACUUUUCUGUUCCUGCCUCAUAGGGGCUUGAUAUCCAAGGAAUGAUACAGUUUGAAUAUUUCCGCCUUUACACUGAGAAAUGGAAACACUGCAGCAUCUGAGAUGGCCAUUAGAUGGACUGGAGGCAGAAGGUGAAGGGAGGUGUUUAUUUCCAGAGCUCCAUAGGCAUUAGUGAGGCACUUGGACCUCUCAGAGCUGUGCCAGAGCCUGGUGUGUUACCAUGCUGGGCCCCUAAAUGCUUCAGGCAGCUUUUUACUGAAUAAAAGUUUUAGAGAAACAUUUGUAAUAGUUCUGGAGCUCUGAGCCUGGUAUGUAUGAUUCGAUGGAUAUUAAGCCUAUUAGCACAUUUAACGAACUGGUAAGUGUUGGAAAGCAGUUUAAAAGCCAGGUUUGGAGCUGAGUGCAGUUGGCUGGUGACAUUUAUGAUGGGAAAAUGUAAGGUGCUGCCACGGACCAGCAAGAGGGAAUGGAGCAGAGAGUGACUGAAGUUCAGCUGUAACCCCAGAUACUGGGGUUGUGAGUAACGACAUGAGUCAAAGCUAGCUAACAACUGGACAUUGAUGCUAUCCAGUACUUACAGAUUUGUUUUUCCAGGAGUUGUAACGAAGUUUGCAAAUGUUUAUCCUGGUACAGAAGCUCUGGAAUUUAGCUGUGAAGCAAAGCCUUGUGGGAAAACUCAGCUUCUCCAAGUUCUUGCUAACUAUUGUUGUUGUAUUGAAGUGAAAGGGUUGUGGCUACAUAAAACACAAAAUGGGGGCUGUUUGAAGAAAGAUAAUUUAGGUCAGUAAGAAAAUGUAACUGCUAUAAAACGCAUUUCUCUCCUUGGGAAUUCAGAACUGUAGAGGCAGAUCGGUGCAAUGCAGAGCACCUUGAUGUGUGUUCUUUGAAGGCGCUGAGGGGGAGGCGAGCUCAUGUCUUCCUAAGCCUUUCCAGUGCAGGAUUCUUGGUGCUGUGUGUGUGAGGUGUGUGUGUAUGCUGGGGCACCCACUGAGCACAGCGCCGUGCUGCACAACUGUGCUGUCCAUUAAAGAAUGGUGGCAAUGGCUGCAGGUAGAGGCAUUUAAUGAAUACACACUCAGAAAGUAUGGGGGAAUCUCUCACAUAUUGGUGUAUAAAAAUGGAUAUAAAAAUCUGUAGAGAGCCGUAGUAACCUAAUGCAUCAUAAAAUACUGUCUCAUCAGGAGAUGGGGAGGAAAGCAGUGAAACAAAUGCAUGCUGGAAAUGCCUGAAACAUACUGUGCUCAGUCAUGUUUUAUGAGCAUAACAAGUGGACGUCGUGUUGCUGUGUUGCUAACAUCAGUGCACGCUGGUGCUUGCAACCAGAGCCUUGGUGUUUAUUGGAAGCACUGUCACAGACGCUGGUUACCAUUUCUUUCUGAUGUGUUUUGUAACAGAUCAGAGCUAUGCAGGCAAUGGCAGAAAAUUAGUUUCUCUUCCGUAUUUGAAGUAACAGUGUAGCACAAGAAAUUAAUUUUGCCUUUGAAUGUUAAAGGUGGUUAGAAGUGCGUGGUCUCCAGCUUCAACACCGUAAUGCUGCUUGUUGGGCUGGAUUGUGUGAGGUGAAGGCCCUGCCCUGCUGACAGUCGUAGGGAACUGCUGUUCCCUAACAGUGAUGGUUCUGUUCAGGACAUGAGGAGUGAAGGACCCCCGGCCAGCUUUCCCUCAGCCUCAUCCCAGCUGUAUUCUGCAGCUGCAGUCUGCAUAGGUGCUGUACUGACACUGCAUAUUUCUUUUUUGCCAUCCAGCUGGGUGCUUAAGCUGAGCUACUUUUCCUACUUGGGAAGGAGUACCUUUGGAGACUGGAGAGCUGCAGGUGCCUCCCAAGUUCCAAAUCUGUCACAGCUUUUGUAAGCAGGACCUGAUUUUCAGGGAAAGCUGGAAUUGUGCUUUCUUCAGUUGGCAAGUAACUAACGACACAUGCAAAACUGGGAGUCGUUUUUGAAGUGAUAGGUCAGUGCUCCUUCUUUCAGCAGUAUGAGUACUGCUUUGUGAACGCUUGGAAAAAUCCAUUUGCUUUCCUUUUUUACUGAAGCAGUGUCAUAAGACCAUGAUGUUGUGUUUGUGCGUAACAUCAAGCUGGCUGCUUAUUUUAGCCCUGGUUAGAUGUAAGUGCUCUUAAAUGCAGUUUUCAGUGUCAGAAGUAAAGCUGCACGCUGCAGGCAGACAGAGGUUGCUUCCCCUGUGCAGUUCUGUUCAGCUGAGCCGCAGCGCAGUUCUUGCAGACGAAGGGGAGUGUGGGUGCUGAAGGCAGGAUGCACCUAAAAAUGGAUUCUCUUGCGUGUGCUCUUGAUAGAUGUGAGACAGAUACAGAUAUCCGUGCAGGUCGUCUAACUCAGCUGAUGCAGCUGUAGUGCAGGUCCCUGUGAGUGCUCUGUUCCCUGGAUUAUGCUGCUUUGCUAGGAGGGGUCAGGAUCGGGAUGCCAGAAGCAUGCCAGUAGUGCUGGGAAUUUGUCUUUUCUAAUGCUGUUUGUUUUCCACUUCUGUUCGCAGCAGCGUUGUCCUCUAGGUGGACGGGUGCUCUGUUUUCUUUGACCAAGUGGUAACGUUCACAUGCAAAAGCCGGAUUCUGCAGAUCAAGACCUGCAUUAAAACACAGAGUCUGAAGAUUGUGUUGUAAAACUGCUUGUUUUAUAUAUUCAAAGUUAAUCAAGUUAUCCUGUAUCUUUUUUGAUUUUUUUGUUAACACUGUCUUCAUACUUAUAAAUGUGUUUAUAUUCUUCCUAUGCCUUUUGGUACAGAAAUGGAUAAGCAUGCUGUUUGGACUAGGCCUUGUGCUGGGGCAAGGAGUUAAUUGUGUAUCUAGAUUGUUCUGAACUAUUUUGUGAUUAGUGCUAAAAGCCUCUGUGGCCUGUUGGCAGUAAAUGUGCUCUCAUGUAUCGUGACUUUCUAUUGCUAUUUUAAGCCAUUCUAUAUCAUGUCAGAUUUUCAUAACUCUCUGUGCUUCAGUUCUUUUUCAAGCUUCAUCUCUGGUGAUUUGUGUUUGUGUGAUGUAUGAGAAAACAUACAAACCACUGAUGAUUCGCCGGCGAUGUAAAGAAGCUGACUUUUCUGAAUCAUUGUGCCUUAAAAUACCAUGAACACUAUGCAUGCCAGAAACUUAUGUGGAUGCCUCUGGAGAGUUGUCUUCAGGUCCCAGUAUUGCUUGCAGAUAUUCCUAUGGCAGCGUUCCCAGCUGAGUGGUGGCAUGUACUGAACCUUUUAUAUACCAUAACACUAAUUUUCAUGGAGGUUUUGUAAUAAAUUGUAUCAAUGUGGAAAAAGAUGAA